AUGCCUCCGCGAAAGCGAACCGCGAGUCAAGUCGAGCCUACGACAUCUAGUAGUCCCCAGAAGAGAGCUCGUCGCGGCGCCGUGAGUGUUCCUGCUCCUACUGCGGCAUCAUCGCGACCUCGACGUCUGGCCACGGGCACUCAGGACCAGACUACCAGAGCAAUGCGAACAAGGGCGCCGAAGAUCGCGGAUGAGUCUACCAAACAAACAGCACGACAAUUACCAAAAUCUACGACCACGACCACGUCCAAAGGUCGCCCAACCGCCGCUCGUUCAACCCGAGAGAGUAAGAAGGCAGUAACUGUGCCGAGCAAAGGUCGUCCAGGCCGUCGAGGCAAGACCAUUAAAAAGGAUGUCGAGGAAGAUGCGGGAGUCGAAAUUGCUUCGCGCACCGGCAAGCGAUCUACCUCCAAGCGGCCGACGAACAAUGACGUUGAGGAUUCGAAUUUCACUGUGAUAAUCAAAAAGGACGACAACCGUCCGAAGAGAGCGAAGCAGCUUGCGGAUGAAGAGAUUGCAGAUGAAAGUGGGCACUGCUUCUGGCUCAUGAAGGCAGAGCCCGAGUCACGCUUGGAAAAGGGCAUUGAUGUCAGGUUCUCAAUUGACGAUCUGGCCGCCGCCACGGAACCUGAACCUUGGGAUGGGGUCCGUAACUAUGUUGCUCGAAAUAACCUCCGCGCAAUGGCAGAGGGAGACAAAGCAUUCUUUUACCAUUCCAAUUGCAAAGUCCCAGGAAUUGCGGGCAUCCUGGAGAUUGUGCGCGAAAACUCUGUCGAUGCAAGCGCUCUGGACCCUAAACACCCAUACUACGACCCCAAGGCGACUCCAGAAAAUCCCCGCUGGUCCGUCGUUCACGUCGAGUUCCGUCGCAAAUUCAAACAACUCAUUAGCCUUACCGAGCUCAAGACGUUUGCCCGACCAGGAGGCAUCCUUGAAGACAUGGAGCUGUUGCGCCAAUCCCGUCUCAGCGUAUCAAAAGUGACCAAGAAGCAGUGGGACUUUAUCAUGAAGCUCGCCAACGACGCAGGCGAGGUGGAAGAGAAUGAGGGACGCAAUGAGGAUGCCGAGACUGUGACCAAGCCCGCACCGGAUAAUAAAGAGAAUGUCAACGGCGAGGAAUCUGAGCCGCACGGGGCCACAUCUGCAGAAGAACCUCCAAUCGAGGAAUCUGAGCCGCACGGGGCCACAUCUGCAGAAGAACCUCCAAUCAAUAACCAAACCGAACAACUCCAAAAACCUUCUGAGGAAACUAGUCUGACACCCAACGAGCUCGAGGCCAAGGUCGAGGCCAAGGCAACGGAGCAAAAGCCCGACCAACCUAUUUUGCCUUCGCAGGACUUUGCCGCCGCUGCACAGCUGCAGCAAAACGGGGGAACUUUGUCUACCAACGGUAUCGAUCACAAGACUGAAGGUGCCACUGUGCACAACGACUCCAAGGAUACAGUCAACCCUUCAAUCAAUACCGAUAAUCACGCACCCGGCCUCGAUGCGGCACAGCCCCCUCGCGACACUCCGCAGCAGCAGCAGCAGACAGUCAAUGGAAACAGCCCAGAUGUUCUUCCCGUACUUAGUGGCUAUGGACCGCCCGAGCUAGACGUGGCUGCACCACCCCCGGACCUUGACCCUGAUGAAUAUGGGCUCUAGGUUUUUUUUUUUUUUCCUCUUUUUUCUUGUUUUUUUCCCCCCCCAACAUGCUGCCACCAAAUUGAGGUUGAGUUUCUACUCCAGCCGCCCCGCGAGACCCCGCCGCAGCUG